GAACAAAACAAAAACUCAAGUUAAUUAUUUUCUUCUUAUACAUUAGAUGAAUCAAGAAGAGCAUAUGAAUCAAGGACGGUAUAUUAUGAGUCAAGUAGAAGGCUCAAUGUCUUGCUUCUCCGAGACGAACUCUAGUUCCACAAUCUACAUGAAUCCCAUGAUGGCCGCGACGAGAUCAUCGGGAGAAGACAACGGCAUUCAACUCUCUCUUCUUCUGAAUCUAUCUACCAUACAAGACAAAGUCCAUGAGAUCCAAUCACUGGUCAACUUUUUCAUGAUCUCCCCUAAUAACAAUAACCAAUCCUCCGAGUCAACGUCGUCUUUAGCUGCGGCUAACGUCGAAAGUUUGGUUCAAGACAUCAUCACGGCUGCUUCUUCAAUGAUGCUUACUUGCCAACAACUCCAAAGCUCAACUAACAGCAACAGUAAUAUUGAUACCAAUCAAACCGCAGAUGCAAUGGUUAUGGAGUUCUCGCAAGACUUCGACCCGGAUCGUGAUUUCAUGGGAGAGUCGUCAAUUAACAUUCUUGAUGUCCAAGAAAGAAGGCAUGUUUCGUUUCUCGACCAGACUACGCAGAAUCUUGACUGGUACGGCACCGAAACCACAAACCCUAAAAAAGAUAUUCAUCGUUCUAAAUCAAGAUUAGGGAACUACGAGAUAGUGGAGCUAAGCGUGGAGGAUCUACUAGCGAAAUACACACAUUACUGCCAAAUCUGCGGGAAAGGGUUUAAAAGAGACGCCAAUCUAAGGAUGCAUAUGAGAGCGCACGGAGAUGAGUACAAGACACGUGAAGCCUUGAUCAGCCCAACAAGCCGUGACAAGAACGUCGAGUACUCGUCAAUGAGGUAUUACUACUCGUGCCCUCAUCAAGGGUGUAGAUGGAACCAAAGGCACGAGAAGUUUCAGCCGUUGAAAUCUGUGAUUUGCGCCAAAAAUCAUUACAAGAGAAGUCACUGUCCUAAAAUAUAUAUGUGCACACGAUGCAACGUGAAGCAUUUCUCGGUUCUGUCUGAUCUAAGGACGCACGAGAAGCAUUGUGGGGAUAUCAAGUGGGUUUGCUCUUGUGGAACUAGGUUCUCUAGGAAAGACAAGCUUAUGAGCCAUGUUUCUUUGUUCUCGGGCCACUCACCGGCCCAUGAGCCGUCGCAGCAGCAACCUCCGAUGAUCACCCCCUAAAGUAAUACCACGGCCGGAAUUGAGUUCUAAAAGCAGCAUUAUUGUUUAGUACCCUCUUGAAUAUCUCAUGAUUUUUUUUUGUUGUAACAACUAUCUCAUGAUUAUAUCUAUUAUUUUAAAAGAGAAAUACAUAUAAAUUAAAAUUUGUUUCAUGUAUGAUUUACACAAAAUUCCACUAAAUUUAGUUUUAUUUUUAUAGUAUUCAUUAAUGAUGUUUUAGUUUUUUAAAUAACUGUCACAUUCAUGGGCAUAAUUUAGGUGUCAUAUACGAUUGGUUAUAAUGCAUGUAAACCGAGAGUUCAUACAACUGUACCGAUCACUAUAUAAAAUUAAAACCCAAAACAGUUUUGUAUUCAAACAAAAUUAUUACUCAAAUACGUUUGCACCACAACAAAAAUAUGUCAUACUAAUUAUGCUUGGGUCAGUGUUUAAUCAAAUACCGUUUUAGACGUUUGAUGGUACAAUGACUAGGACAUGGCCUUUGGAUACAAGUUCGGAUAUAAACUGAGUAUUUUGGACUUUCAGGAAUCUAUCUAUCUAUCUAUAUUAUUAAAAGAAAAGUACAAAAUAAAAAUUUCUCUUAGCUUUCAACUUAUUUUUUUGUCAUUAAAACUUAACUUGGGGUCGAAGCCAACAUAAUUCGACCAAACUGGUCAGAGAAAUAGCAAGCAGGAAGAGAAAAACUAAGACGACAUCAAUAGAUGCCGGUUGAAAACCCAUAUAAAGGCCAAACAGAGGACCUGCAGCACUCAAAAGCAAGGAAGACCAGUGAGAUUAACAACCUCUAAUUGCUUCAUCUGUAGCAUUCAAAGCCACUAGCUUCCCUGAGAAUCAGGGUCUUAAGCCAUGCAGGACCCCAGCAACAUACGACUGAAGACGAGUGUCCAGAGUGAAGACGAGUUUUCAACUUAUUUACACUAGAAUACCACUAAGUAAUUAUGAACUUAUAUUUAUGUAUAUAAGCUUUGUCUUUUUCUAAUUUAAUAAAUCAUUUUUUAAAUUGAUCAUAAACUAAAACAACUUCCUAAUUAGAUUUUAAUGCACUAAAAACUACCUAAUUCUAACAUUUAGCAUUUUUUAAAUCUUUUUAUCAAAUUAAACAACCAUAAAACAUACAUAAAUUUUAAAAGAAUCAUUUAUAUAAUAUAUAAAUAAAAUAUAGACUAAUACAUAAAUAUAUUAUUUUAUGUAUAUUUUUAUAUGAAUAAUAGCCCACUGUAAAUUGAUAAAUGCUGAAGAGUAUAAAAUAUAUA